ACUGUCACUGUGAAUACAUCUAACCUCUCAAUCUUGCGUGUAGAUUGUAGUCUACAACCGUACACAAAUUGUUGCGUAUAUUGUUUGUUGUGACCUGAACUCCUGUGUAAUCAUUACUGAAAAAUGCCUAAGAUUAAGGCAGAGAAAAAAUCGCGUGUCCAUGAGACAAUCGCCAAACAAGGUAUAUUAUUCAACAAGGACUUUGGCCAGCAUAUUUUGAAAAAUCCACUUAUAUCGAGGACUAUGAUUGAAAAGGCAGCAUUACGUCCAACUGAUGUUGUUUUAGAAAUUGGACCUGGUACUGGUAACAUGACUGUUCUUCUCCUAGAAAAAGUCAAGAAAGUAGUUGCCUGUGAAAUAGAUCCAAGACUUGUUGCUGAGUUGCAGAAACGUGUGUUAGGAACACAGUACCAGCCUAAGCUUCAAAUUAUGAUAGGCGAUGCCUUAAAAACGGACUUACCAUUCUUUGACUGUUGUGUAGCAAACGUUCCUUAUCAAAUAUCAUCACCUCUGGUUUUUAAAUUACUUUUGCACAGGCCAUUUUUUCGAUGUGCCGUUUUGAUGUUCCAGCUAGAAUUUGCUCAACGACUUGUUGCGCAACCAGGUGAUGAACUGUAUUGCCGAUUAUCGAUAAAUACUCAACUCCUAUCAAGAGUUGAUAUGUUAAUGAAGGUGGGGAAAAAUAAUUUUAGGCCGCCUCCUAAAGUUGAAUCUUGCGUUGUAAGGCUUGAACCUCGCAACCCUCCGCCCCCUAUCAACUUUACUGAAUGGGACGGAUUAACAAGGAUAUGUUUUGUUCGUAAGAAUAAAACUCUUGGUUCUCUCUUCAAACAAACAACAGUACUCACAGCACUUGAGAAAAACUACAGAGUGCAUUGCUCCAAGAACAACAUACCUAUGGAUUCAGAUCUUGAUAUGAAAAUGAAGAUAGAAGGCAUCCUUUCAAACAGUAAUGCUGCCCUGAAAAGAGCUAGAACAAUGGAUAUUGAUGACUUUAUGCAGCUCUUAUGUGCAUUUAAUAAAGAGGGGAUUCACUUCUCAUGAGUAUCAAUGCUGAAUUAUUGUAAAUGUGGCAUGUGUCAUAUAUCUGAGUUCCAUACUCAUCCAUCUUGAUGUACAAUGGUAUUGUAUAUUUGUGGUGACAUCUGAUGUCAAGUAAGAUAAAUUUAUCCAUGAAAUAAAGGCUUAUCUAUUUGUAAAAA